AUAAAUUAGUAAAAACAUACAAGUCUUUAUCUAGCGUAUCUGCUUUAAGUGCUGGACAAAUUCAAUCUCCAAAUAUAAUUAGCACGACUUGGUCCCAAAGGAACAUUGAAAAAGGAAAAUCGGCUAAAUUUAGCUCUACAAUUCUGCUAAACAAUUUUGAAAAAGUGGGAGAAAUUUUACCAAUUGAUAUAUCUACAGAAUCGCUUUCUCAGAUAUCUAAAUCAAGUAAAUUAAAAGCGGUUAUUCGAGAAAAUGAUACUAAACAAUAUUUAGAGGUUUGGCAAAGCAAUACUUUAAUACGAGUAGUAGAUUUGACGUCGUUGGAUAUACACGGAUCUGUUUAUACCGACAUCGAAUUUGGAACAUUUGAGUUUUCUCCUGAUGAAACAAAGUUGAUAUAUAUUGCUGAAAAGAAAAAUCCAAAAAGCGAACCUUUUUACAAGAGAAAGAAACCUGAGGAACAAAAGGAGAAUAAUGGUGGAGAUGCCCCAAAGCCGGCACCAAAGGGUGAAGAGUAUUUGUUUGAACAAGAUUGGGGAGAACAACUCGUUGGCAAAAAAGCAUCUGUCAUUGUUCAAUAUGACAUUGAAAGCGAUACAGCCAAAGUGCUUGAAGGCAUUCCAGAAAAUGUUUGUGUCGCCAAAACUAAAUAUUCACUGGAUGGUUCAUACAUAAUAGGAGUAGCUUAUUUCACUGAUCCAAGAAAAUUAGGAAUAAUCUAUUGUACUAACAGACCUAGUACUAUCUUUCAAUUGGAUUUUGAAGGAAAUUAUUAUCAGUUAGAUUUAAAAUCUGAGUCGGUUAAGUCUCCUAUUUUUACCCCCGAUGGUAAGUCAUUGGUAUGGUUACAAAGGAAAGCAGAUGGACCACAUAUGGCUGGUAUGGCUUUAGUUAAAACGAGUGUGCCUUUGAACGACAAGUCUAAAGUACAAACCGUCGUUGACAUAGUAGCUAAGGAAAAAUUAAUCAAUAAUAAUAGAACAUUUUAUGGAAUUUACAAUACUGGAUUUCCUAAGAGGCCGUGGGCAAGUAACAACAGAUUGUUGUUAAAUACUAACCAGAAAUAUACAAUAAACUCUUACGUGAUUAAUAUAGAUACCGGAGAUAUAACAGAAUUAGAAUGGCCAAAUGGAAGUCUAAUAGUGGUAGAUACAUACGACGAUAUACUUUUGGCUUUAAGAAGAAAUUUCCUUAUUCCAGAUAUUGUAGUUAUUGGAAAAUUAACAUCUAAAAAUUUAGUUGAUUGGGUUGAAAUAAGUUCUAAAGUUGAAGUUGAUCUGUUAAAAGAUUUAACCUACAAAUAUUUAGAUAUAGUUGUGCCUGGAGAGACCGUUGGUGAUUUCAACGCCAUAUACUUAGGUCCGAAAAAUGGAGAAAAUGCAACAGUUCCUCUAAUCGUAUGGCCACAUGGAGGACCGCAUAGUGCUUUUGCAAAUUACUUUAUGCUCGAGGUUGCAAACUUUUUAGCUUCCGGUUAUGCCAUACUUCUUAUUAACUACAGAGGGUCUAUCGGAUGCGGAGACGAUUCGGUAAAUUAUUUGCUAGGAAAAGUUGGUACUGCAGAUGUUCAAGACUGCAUUUUGGCCGUUGAUAUCGCUCUUAAAGAAUUUCCAUGGAUAAAUCCAGAACAG